GCCAAAAGGUGAUCCUUGUUGAAUGACUUAAUCUGUGAAGUCAGAGUUCUCUCACACAUAACUUUUGUCCCCUGCUCUAAACAUAGGACUUUAUUGUUUUAUGGUAGGUAGUAAGAACCAAACAGGAGCACCACAAAACCAAACAAACAAACCCCUGCCUUGAUAUAAAUCAGGUUCCAAAAUAGUCACAGGACACCUCAACAAUAAUUAAGCCAGGAGUGCCACUCGAAGAGACCUUGAAUAUAACACAGCUUAAGCCUAUAACAGCUUAAGCCAAAAUUAAACAAAGUGCAUUCUAGCUUUGUUUACAGCUAGGUAGCAUUUAGCUUUCGAAGUGAAUCCAGCCAAUCCUACCGAGACUUCUGUAACACAGGGAGAGCGACUUUAUUCUGCCACAAUCUGCUUAACUACUCGGAUAAAAGUUGACUGAAGAAGCUGGCUUCACUUUCUGCGUCCAUGUUAGUAGCAGCCUUGAAGAUUGGCAACAGCCGGGCUCUACUGUCCCAAAAGGUCCUUUGCUUCUCCACUCCCGUGUUGUUCGGGUUGCGCAAGGUGCUCCUCCUGCGCCGUCUUUCUUGACCGAAGUGUUGGCUGUGGAAUAGCUGAGCGUGGACCGUCCUAAUGCUGCCCUUAUUAUUUGCCAUGGGGUGGGGCACGGAGUAUCUUUUCGCAACUGAGUUGAGAGUGCUUUUUUGGCUGUGCCAGUUGUUUACGGGGCGAAGCUCUUCUUUUCGUUCCUCUCUUCUCCCGGUAGUUAUGGGCAGGGGCGCUUAGGAAGCGCCUUCCUGCCUCUCCUCGAGACUCCCGUGCAGUGAUAUGGACCGAGACCAGCCUAUUUCCCCGCCGGGUAACCUCAACGACUUGCCGGACGACUCCCCCCAGGUGAGGGCCGCUGUUGCAGCGCUGAGGUGGAGAGCCGUGGAAGAGAACCUAGAGGUCCGCCAGUCUGACCUUUCUGACGCCUGUCUGAUCCGCUUUUUGCGGUGUCGAGACUUCGACAGCGACCUGGCCUGGAAGGUUUUCAAAAACUACCACAAAUGGAGAAGGGACUGCCCAGAAAUAAUUGCAAAUCUACAUCCAUCCUCAAGUCUUAGCUUGUUGCAAACAGGCUACAUUGGAAUUUUGAAAGAGAGGGAUCCAUGUGGUUCUAGAGUUGUCAUUUAUAGAAUUGCACGAUGGGAUCCUAAGAUAUUUACAGCAUAUGAUCUCUUUCGUGUAAGUAUUAUGCUAUCUGAGCUUUUGGCAAGAGAGCCAGAUACCCAACGUAAUGGAGUCAAGGCAAUCUUCGAUCUCCAAGGAUGGAAAUUUGCUCAUGCAUUUCAGGUCACUCCAGCAGUGACCAAGAAAAUAACAUUUGCACUCACAGAUGGUUUCCCACUAAAAGUUCGAGGAAUCCACUUGAUUAGAGAGCCUAUAAUUUUUUACCAUGUUUUUAAUCUAAUUAAGCUUUUACUCCCUGAAAAAAUCAAAGCAAGGAUUCAUCUGCAUGGGAAUAACUUUGCACAUGGCCUCCAGAAACAUUUUCCAGUCAGCCUUCUGCCAGAAGAAUUUAAUGGUGAAGCAGGCUCUUUUGAAGAAUUUUCUAAAUAUUUGAUUGACUUUUUAAUGGAAUCUAUAAACUAUCUUCAAAGUAUUUCUCUUUUUUGAUAACCACUGACAUGGAGUAAACUAUAUCUGGGCAGGAGAAAUACUUAUUAACCAGAAUGAGGUACUGAUGAAACUAAUGCUUUAAGUUGCAGGAUCCAAAGGUCAUGGAAAAUUUCAGCUGUUUUAAAUAGGUAUAGACUCGGAAUACCUAUCCCCAAAAUAAACAAUUAAUUCCAUUUUAAAAAAAAUACAGGUGCUUUUUGAUGGUUUUGGUCAACUGAUCAUUUAAAUACAAAAUUAAAUAAAGCUGUAAGACUCUCCAAAAAAUUAUUUAUAGAUCAAUAUCAGGUAUUACGAUUUGAGAUAAGGUUAUUUACAAAAUAAAAAUGAGAAAGUCUUUUAUGUGAAAGGGGAUUGUUUCAUCCCUAGAAAAUGUUAUGCAACUGGACCAUCUGCUGAAAUUCGGCCUGCCAAAAGGUAAAUAUAGCUUCUGCUUGAUCAGAACAAGCAUUUUCCUAGUAGCUAGCUAGAUGCCAUGGAGAAGCUGACAAACAUGGUGAAAUACUUCUAAGCUGUUUCCUGUGUUCAUAUCUGAUGCUGCCCCCCCCCCCUGUUUUAUGUGUUCUGUGAAAUAAGUAUUUCUUUAUUCAUUUUGGACUCCUUGUGAAUGGUGAUGUAUUAAGACUAUUAAUAUGUGAAUGUUUCCUCUAAAGUAACCUUUAUGUUCAGUGGGUUCUUUCUCAGUGGUAUAUUUGCCUACUGUGCUAUAGACUGUGUUACCAAACACAAAUGUCUGUGGUUGAUAUAAAUCAAAAAUUUAGCAAUCAAAUGUACUAAUAUGUUAUUGCAAAACAAACACUAUUAAGAUAUAAUGUGAUAGCCUGGUUCACAUAGGAAUACUGAUUUAUGCUUAGCCACUGUAAUCUAAAACACAUAUAAUAUGCUUUGAAACUGUGUGUAAAUAUACCCAUAGCUUUUAAAGGAACUUUCUCUCAGGUGAUCUUAGAUGCUACUUCAUGAUGCAAAAAAAGCAGCUCUAUGUAUCAGUUGAUAUAGCAAUUACUCUUUUUUACUACUGAUUUUUUAAAUCUUAGUUUUUGUUCAUGUAAUUUAAUUGUACUUGACAUAAUUCUCAGGAAUAUAGGUUUGGGAGCUUCAAGUGCUGUAAGAAAAAAAUCAUAAAAAAUAAGUAGUUAGGCUUUUAUACUAGAAAGCCACUAAUGUUCCUUUAACAAAGGACAUACCAUAAUAUUAUCACAAUUUGGGCACAAUAUGCAUCUGAAUCAGAUAUGGAGGUAGGAAGUAGAAACAUUAAUUUUUAAAUACUUUUUCAGACACUAUCAAGGAGAUAUUUAAUAAAGUACUGAGUUUGAAAUAAUGUGAAAGUAGUAUAUACACAUACACAAAUCUAAGCAUCCCUAUCUGUGUUGGGUUACCUU